GUUCGAAAAGCGUCGAUCAGGAUUCUUGAACUAUGCCACCAUAGAGUGCGUAGAGGUCGACUGAUCGUACACCGGUAAGUCCUUAUGAGCGCCUUGCCCCGCCUUCCUGUAUGUCACUACCUCUGGCGGUAACAACUGCCGUUCAAUUGUCAUCCAUAUAGUGCCACGAUUAGUUCGGAAUAUAUGACGAAACUAGUUCCGUAUUUCAAUGUGGAAGGACGGUCGCCCAAAAUAUCCUCACUUCUUUGGUUUGGCUUGCUGACGAGUUACUCGCCGCGAAUUCCCGUCCUGUUACAGUAAUUCGAGUCUCUGCCGUGGCUGCCCAUCUUGAAACAUGCGAAAACUUCUUUUGAAUGGUGUAUUUUGCUUGAGAGUGCCCAAAUGGGGACAGCGACGAAGGGCGUUCGUUUGUGGAUUUUUGUCUGCAACGAGCUUAACGUCGCAAGCCUCUUCCUAGUGAGUGCUGCGUGGAUGUGGUACAGUAGUGUAUGAUUAGGUAGUGGAACAAGAGGAGCGUCUGUUGCACAAAGCGGAACCUCAAACCGACACCCGUCGUUCGAAGCUACCUCGGCACCGCAGAACCCCGGUCAGUCUCUGAUUAUGGACGGACCGCACCUGCGGCCACCGGACCAACGAGUGGUUACACGCGGUUUCGCACCACUGUACCACGCUUGUCUAUCUCUCCCCCGUUUGUUAUGACGCGACCUGUGAAGGACUCUAGCGAGCGAAGUGCGUGAUAUGAUCACCUCUUUCUGGUAAUAAUUCUGCCCUUCAAAUGGGUUUGCUGUCAGGCGUGGUGGACCUUCUGCAUGAACCAGUGGCGGCGCUGCAUUGCCGCAGACGAGAAGCCAUCGCAGCCUGCUCUUCUUCCUAUGUCUUCGCAGUUCAGUCGCCCCAGUGACUGUGGGGGGCAAAACAGAGUGAGGAAAGUGAGUUUGCAUUCGAUGAAACGUGUACUAUCCCUCUAGGAGCGUUGGCAGUCGCGAUACUGUUCGUUCUGUUGUGUACUGAUACUUUCACUCAAGGGGAACUCGGUUGUCACCGGGGGCGUGGGUCGAUUAUACCCGCGCAUACUGCGCGAUGUCCUCCCGGCAGGGAUAGGACAGGGGUUUGCGUACCUCACGCGAAACCUCACGUCUCCAUAGAAACGGUGGAGCGUGCGGGCCACUUUCAGUCGUGGCGCUGGCGCUUCAUGAAACGGCGAAGGGUACAAACCUCUCCUGCGUGUCGGGGCUCUUACCGACUCACACCAAGAAACCCUCUGAGGCUUCCGGGAAAGAAGAACGCACCAGGGCAGUGAUUGAACCCUGCUUCAACCCCACGGUCGACAGCGUCGCCGGGUGACACUAUUGCUGCACGGUGUGGUGUUUGACGCUAAGGUUCGUGGUACGGAGUUGUGGUACCGGCAGACUUGCUCUUUCGACGGGACCGGUGUCGGAGAGACAUGGGCAAGUGACACAAGACCAACUCGAUAAAACGGAGCCGUUUACCUCCUUUUCGUGGUGUUUAGUGUCAACUGAGUCAUUCAGUGGUCCUUGUGCCAAGUUCGUCGUGUCUAUCCCGGAUUUUGCGUGAAGGCCCCGUCCCCCCCGGGAAUUUGUAGCAGAGAACUGUGUCUCCUGCGAAUGCUGAGUUACGUCCGGCAGACGCGGCGUAAGGAGGCGCUUGAUAACUCAGCCACCGUAGCCACAAAGAGAGAGAGUACCUCCACUGAGUCCUGUUGAUUGUCCUGCUCGUGUCCAGUUUCGAGAAGUGAACUUCACGAGAUUGAUGGAGGAACGCGUGAGGAGUUGACCGGUUGAAAAACGAUGCAACUUCGCGUUUUUUCCAGCUGUACUACGGUACGGCAACGGUGGUGAAGAUAUACACAGUUUGGACUGGGAGACGUGGUGUCUUUCUGCCACCCUCAGCAUACGGGUUCGCGGUGAUCGGAGGCCGUGGGCGCCCUCGCUGGCGGGCGUAUGUGGCAGGAGAUAUUGAGAGAGUCUGAGUUGUGAUUUUUCCGAGUCCCUGGAAGGUCGUACGGCUGGUUCCGUUGCAGCUCAGUGUUGGUAGAAACCCACAAGUUCGCAUGGAGACCACGCCCCUUCCGCCUCUGUUCUUCACCUGCGAGUUACGUGUCGCUUCAUAGGAAUCCCCAAGUGCAAGUAUACAGCUCGUGCUCAUCAGCAUCCUCAUAAUCGAGGCAUUGUCCCUGUCCGCCUUCGGCCUUGCACUUUGUGCUGCUCUUCUUGGGCGUGACGGUCGCCUCCGACGUGGGCGGUUCUGGCUACAGCAGCUUCGAAGCAGCCAGUUGCUUGGUGCCGGACGGCCCUAGAAACCUCGUUUUUUUGGCUACCUCUCUCCAGCGCUUUGGAGUUCUGUGUCAAGGCGCUGAUUGCCCACCAAGUGUUGCAAGUGUAGUGGUGGCAAGAACAGACACAGAAGGAAGACGCCAGCAGCACCAACCCGCGCGCCGUUGAGCAUCCGUGUGCGUCUCGCCGAGGUCGAAUUAAUGUAUUUUUCACCGUAGUGACUUCCCUGGAUCCUUCAUCGAGUGCAUACUCCGCUUCUUCAGUUCUGUUUUUUGUGUCUAUUUACGGACGGAUUCUUCCCGAAGACGGGCUUGCCACGCUGUCUUUCUGGAUGAAGGUGAAUCGUGCACGGACAAUACAGACAAGAAUUGGACUCGCUUCGUGCCCUUUGUCUACAGAGCGUGCUUUUCCUCCGUUGUCCAUUGUUUAUUGUCGUGGAACUUGGUGCCAGUAUUCGCACUCCGUGCCAGUGAAAGAAAAGAAUCUUGCGGCUCGGUGACCGCACUUUGCACACCGUGGGACUUGUACCGGCGGCGGGCGUCUCUUCAAGCGAGGGCCCGUUCGGUGUUACGUAGGGCGAGAGACAGAGACGCGGGAAGAGAGACAGGGUGCAGCUCAUUUUCUUUCACGUCUUCCGUUUCCUUUGCUUCUUUUUCAGCCUCAUCUCCUGUAGCGAGAGCCGAAGAACGGAGGAGGGAUGGCGCCUUCUGGGCGCAAUUUCUCUGUUUUGCUUCGGGCCUUGCUGGUGUGGAUGUAGUAGACAGAUGUGAUUUCCGCACGCAUACGUCUGUAUUGUUCUUUUUUAUGGACACAUUUCGCGGUUGGAACUAUACUUGAGACGAGGCUUUCUGGGACAGUUCCUUCGUCCCGGCUUUCCGUCGUUAGGUCGUACCUCGUCCGCUUGAUUCCUGCCGCCCUCGAAGCGCUCCGUCGCACACGCAGGGGAAAGACAGAGACAGGGAUCCGUGCUCGCAAACAUUCGUUUUGUCGUUGAGGCGGAGGUGAUUUCUGUCUUGGAUCGAAUCGCCUUAGACGUUUUCUUACACAAUUCGUUCAAGGCGUGAGGAAAAUCUCGAGAGCCUUGUGUCGACCGCGUGCACGGCGCCCCUCAAACGUCGCCGUGUGCCUCAAAAUCGCGUGUCGUCGGUUGGUAGCGUGGAAAGGACACGAGAGAUGUGUUUCGCGAGGAACUUCCUAGAGCUUUUUGUUAUAUAAAGGCCGACAUGCCGAGAAGUUCGCCGCGAUCCAAUCGACACAGCAAGCAAAAUCCAACAGCCGGUGCUGCGGAGAGAAGGUCGAAUCCUGGGAAGAGGGGGUAGCGAUCUCGCCCCGCGACUGUGCAGUCGUUCCCGUCUCCUAUGAGUGUCUUCCAGAGUGUUUCCGGAAGCUCUUGUGUUGUUGUGGGACAAGGAAACGGAAGGUCACCGUCUCUUGUGGGCAGCGUAGCUCGAAAUUGGCGGAUCGAGGAAGCGCCUCCCAAACCUCGUGAGAAGCGCAAUUUUGUGAGAAGCGCGGUUUCGUGAGAAGCGCAAUUUUGUGAGAAACGCGGUUUCGUGAGAAGCGCAAUUUUGUGAGAAGCGCAAUUUUGUGAGAGAUCGCCUUUAGACUAGCAGGAUUCGCCGAGCGUUUGUGCGCGUCGUGAACCGUAGCAAGGCUUGUCAGUGCUUUCAUAGAGAAAGUGGACCCACAGUGUCCGCCAGCGUCUCUGUGCCGUGUGGUCGCGUCCUCCUUCGCCGUUCUUGUUUUCCGUUCUUGAGCGCUGUCGACCUCAGCGGCAACCCUCGUGUGUAGGGAGACACGUGUGCAGGUCCCGAGAUGUGUGUGUAGCGCCGUGCCUGUGUGCCUUUUUGUCGUUUUCGUUCGCAGUGUGUAGCAGUUGCUUGAUUCUCGUCGUGUGUUUGUGUGUGGCUGCCUCACCAAUUUGCUCAUUUCGUGUGUCUAAUCCAUUCGUUCGCCUUUGCCCGCCGCCGAACGGUGCUAACUCCCGGGCCGUAAUAGAAAGCGAGGCGCCGCUCCCCCGAUCUUUGCACUCCAGUUGCCGCAUAGGAGCACGCGAUGCCGCCUGGAACGAAGGCGGGUGGGUUGGGGCCGCCGCGUCGGGUGAAUGGAGAUUUUGACGAGCACCUGACCGGGGACCACGACGCCGAGAAAGAAGAACGGAGUCGGUACCCCUCGCCGUCCUCUGUCCAAGCGAGUGAGCUGUUCUCGGGUGACGCGGGCUCGUGGACGCCGCACCCGUUCCUCUCGCCCGCUGUAUCCACCAACGCAGAGCCUGCCUCGCCGCGGUGGACAGCGACGCUUAGUGCAGGUCCGGGCUCGCACCCCGACUCCUUCUCCCCAGAUCUCGUGAGUGCGCGAAGCUUCUCGGUGCUCGCCCAGAAGGACGAGGAAGUGCCACUUGCGGCUCCUGAGGCCGAGACUGCGACCCUCACAGGCCUACUUCCCUCUCUCCUCUUGGAGUCGGGCUUUGCCCAUGAACAGGAACAUGGCCAGCCCCGUCAGAGGCGCGAGAACCGCGCUGCUGUUGAAUUGGGCGAGGGGACUGUGGAGACUGUGGUUGUGCCGCGCCACGACGCGUGGGUGUUUGCCGGAGAGAACGAAGGGGGCGCUCCCCGUCUCGCCGACCCAGGCAAGGACGGCCCCGCAGAAGAGUUCGAUGGCGGUGCAUCGCCUGCUUGCGUGGAGUGUGUAUGCGAUGCGGUACCUGUGCCUUUGAGAAGCGAACAGACAGCCCCAGAGGAGACGAAAGCUGAAAAUGAACCCCCCCACACCUACGGCGGGGUUUACAGGAAAGGCCUCACCAGGCGGAGAGGUGCGCGGCACAGGUCGCUCUCGAGACAGUGGAACGGCGAGACACGAGGCUCGGCUGGGGGCCGACCCCCGCGAGACAGUGGGAGUCCGCCGUCUGUCGACGCGAGGAAGCAGGAGAGACCCUCUGAAGACGGGACAGCACUUCCCCUCAACGACCUCUUGCGACUCCUUGCAAUCACAGGCCCGCCAGGACUUCAGCCCCACCAGAGAGGACCCGAGACCGACGCAAAGCAGCCUCAGACAGUUGCCUCUGGACAGCCAAGUACUUUGGCAGACCUCGCUUCGUUCUCGACUUUCCUUGAAAGUCUCCUCACUUCGACACCACGCUCCCUGGACGUAGGAUCCACCGCGCGACCUGGGGGGACUGCUGGCACGACACCCGUCCAGGGCGACGGCGCGCGCCGACAAGGCAAUGCCGACGGUGUCUCUGGAGAGAAAGACAACCAGAACAAGAUCUCCAGAGAAUUGGCAAUCCAACCGGAAACUGAGCGAAGUCUUGCCCCACCAAGGGACCCGGACGCUGGUCACCAGCCGCCCUUGGGAGCCGACGCGCGCCCCCGAAAAGGCAGAGAUGCAGAUCUUGAUGCUGUCUACAAGACGAAGAUAUGCCCUUUCGUGAAAAGUGGUCGGGUGUGUCCAAAGGCUCUUGGCUGCACGUUCGCUCACGCGUCCGCCGAGCUUCGCACCCCUCCUGAUUCUCGUGUGACGAACGCGUACCGUUGCGACCAACGAGGUGGCGGUCGAGGCGAUCGUUACAAGUUUGCUCCUAAAUCGCGCAAACUGUCGGCGUCACCAGAAGUUUCCGUGAGCGGCGGCCGGCAGUCGCCGACUGCGAAGACCUCUUGCUUCGCCCCGAAAGAAACGAGGUUCUCGUCCCAGGAAGGCGAAUGCGUCGACGGGGGAGUCAUUGGAACCUGCGCUGGAUCAGAGCCAGCCGCCGAGGAAGAGGUCUUCCGUCAUCUGGAUGGAUUCUUUUCUGCGCUGUCUAGCCACUGCGGUGGAUCGACGCCGCUUCUUACAGAAGACGAAAACGGCGCUGUGUCGGGACUCUCUCUGUGUCGGCUUUACGGGUCCUCGCCCUCCUCAUCAGGCAAUCUGAGCUUGUCAGUCGCCUCCUCGGCGUUGUCGAGGACUGUGGUCAGCGGGUCGAGUCUGGAUUCUGCACCUCCAGGCAGCGGGUCAUCCUUCGGCGUCUUCCCGGCGUUGGAAGCUCUAGGUCCCCUUUCCGACGCUCAAGCAUUUCCAGAGGGUGAAGACGGCCAUUCGCCGCUCUCGACGUUCUCGGUUUUGCCGGCUCAUCUCCGUGGGUCGUCGGACGCCACAGCCGACUACGAAGACUUCCUGUGUCACUCGCACGCGCCUCCCUCGCCAGGAUUCGAGGCCCACCACAAUUCUGCCGGCCCAUCGCUGUACCCUUCGCCAUCCCUCGCGGUCGCGCCCGUUGUCCUCGACACCCACACCCGAGGGCCUCUCCAGAGUCGCGGCACUUUUCCCGGUGGAGCAUGCAUGCAUACGGGUCUUCUGAAAAGAAAGGGGACUUGCUACGCGAAUGCUGGGGUCAGGAAAGGGCUGGGAGCUCGUGAUGAGAGCGCCGCGGUGCUAUCUCCGGAUGUGGGGGCGAAUCGCGGGGACCGGUCUGCGGCAAUGGCGAGUCAGGGCCUGCAGAAGUUCAGCCUCGCGAGGUCUUCUACCACAACUUCCAUCGCAUCCGAUGGCGCGCUUCCGACGCCGGUGACGGCUAGCAAGACACGCCGAGGGAAGCGCGGCGGCCGGAGGAAGCGGGGCGGUCGGGGCGCGAACGCAAGACGCGCGAAUCCAGGGCGUGGCUGGCCGUUGAACGGCUCAGAAAAGGGCCAGCUGGGAGGACGCCUGCCCGCUGAUGACAGCGCCUGGGCUCACGUGUUGGCAGAGGCUCUCGCAUCCGGGGCAGUGCUGCCAGAGAGCCUCGCCAGCGCCCUGGUGGCGAUGUAUGGGACAGGUGACGCGUCGGAGUCGCUCGAUGGGCUGGCAGACCCAGGGUUCAGGAGGCGCCAGGUGUGCGACACAGAGGAGCGACUGCAUGCGGUAGAUGACGUUGACGGUUGGGGACAGUAUGCGCCUCUGUGGCUGCGGCCGGAAUUCGGGGUGAGUGGAAUGAAUGCACAGGCCCAUGAAGAUGUCGACCUUGCUUCCUCACUUCACGAAGUCGUCCAAGGGUCACGCGUUCGGUCGAGCGACGAAGGCCCCUUGGGAAAUGCGGGAGGAGCGCGGGGCCGAGAUGAGGACCUUAGAGGCCAAAGCCAGAAGCCGGAGAGCGCCAUCGCGGCCGUGUCGAGCUGGGUCCCCCUCGGAGGGGUGGUAGCGCGGGAGACAGUGUGGCCAGACGCCUCGCCCAGUCUCAUAGCGCGCAGCGGUGGAAAGGGUGCUCCGGGUUUCACUGAGGAUUCGACUGCGAGUUGGCUCGACAAAGAAGGGACCGAAGACGUCCAGGAGGCAUGCGUUUCCAAUGAGAAGGCGUGCGCCCGCCUUCUCCUGCUGCAGUGUCUGCAAGAAGUCGUCAGCCGCCUGCCCGCUCUCAACAGCGACGAGCUGAGAUGUCUGACCAGCCUACUAAAGCUCCAAAAAACUCGGGAAACCUUCUGCAAGUAGAGAUCCUCAAAGAAAGGGGGACAGGAGACCAAAUAACAAAGUGUCCCACAUCUCACUUGUAUGGCACACCCCGCAAAUUCAUUGGGUGGAGGGUAGCGUGGCGAACCGGGAUCUUAGAGGGCAGGGUCACACCUCCCCAGUUGACGGUCUGUGCCUCUCCCCGUGAAAUCAUCUCCUUGGCAGAUAGUGCGUCUAGCUUCUGCCGCAUGCGCAUCGGCGCAAAUAAGUGCAUGUGUCGUGUAUAUUUCUUGGUGCCAAGAAUGCUUGCGCAUCGAGGCGAUCACACAGGGCGCACAUCUCUGUGUAAUUUUCUGUGUGUGGCGCUUUCCGUUUGCAUCCACCUCUGGAGGCGCUGUGGAGAGUGGAACUAUGUGAGGCAGAAACCGUGUACAUGAUUCGAAUCGGUGCAUUUCUGGCGUGCCGACUCAUAUUAUGCAUAGGAUUGUGAAUGUAGAUACCGCCUGAGACAUUCUCGCAGGAGGAUUCUUUUGUGGCUGUUGCAGAUAGUCGUCACACGUGUGAGCACUCCCAAAACAUGCGUAGCGAAAACAUGCCUUUGCGUGUGUGAAGACGUAAAAACUUGUAAUCACAAGCAGCGCGAGUUUUUGCGUGUUUCGAGAUUUUGCUCGUAGCUGGUUUCUGUCUCGUUUCCCAUGAGUCGUCUUGUUUUACGUUGCCACCUGUUAGGUGUAGGCAAGGACACGAGUGUUUGCUUGCGCCGCGGCAGAGUUCUACACAGCCUCUGAAGGUUGGGACGCAGAGGUUUCCCCUCCGCCCGCUCUGUCUCUUUCCGUAGUGUGCGUGUUUCUGUGAGGGGAGAAAGAACUGACGCUUGAUGUCGGCCAGCAAAGGAAUGACAGACAACAUCUCCUGUGUGGCUCGCGAUGUCUACGUCCACGAGAGACACGAAUCAGUCGGUGGUGGAUUGCGCCCAGCUCGUCCUGGCUCUCAUCCUGAAUCAGCAAAUUCAGCGGCGUGCUGUCAUUCCCCAGCGUUGUCCAGGGGGAGACCGAAAGCACAGACGUCUCCUCGUUUUUUUUUUUCCGAUUCUCUCACGAGAAAGCGAGCGCACACUGUUCAUCGGGGGAGAGGCAAAGCAAUUCAUGUUAAAAGGGGGCAGGGCGAAAUGGGUAAGCGCAUGUGACCAUGAAUAUCGUGUAGCAACUGGCGUUGUCCGUUGCGUCGUGAUAUCGCAUUUCUUCCUUUUUGGCAUAUUCGUCGCGGCCUUUGCGUCUGUGCUAACUUGUGCCUGUCGGUGGGCUCCUACGAAGAGCAAGUUGUGUUCAACCCGGGUUAGGAACGCAGAAACAGUACGGGGAAGGAGUAGUGUGAUACAGACUGAUCUCCAGCUCUUCCCGAUUCUUAGCCCACUUCACAUGUGUCUGCAAUGAACACAUGGGGUUAAGAGGAGAGAAGUAGAGUGUCGCAUCGGAGGCGAAAGGGAAAGCGGCCACUUCGCUGUGUACAGAAACCCCCGGCGAGCGUAUACCUUCCCUCUUGUGAGUUACGUAGCGAAGGGAUGGGAGGGCAGCAGAGAGAGGACAGAAGGAAGAGAACAAAGGGAGAGAGAAUAGAAACGCAAAAGAGGGACAGUGCCGGCAGUAAAGUGUGUGUGUUCAAUGCAAUCCGGAGCUGAAUAGAGAAACUCCGCCUUUGGAGAGGGGAGUCCUUGUGGUCAAGCAGUUUUUCCUGAGGCAAGUCGGCUUCCGUUUAUUAAAUAUUUCGAGACUUCUCCCUGUUGUCUGGAAGCAAAAGAGGACUUCUGCCGCGUCACGUUCCAAAUCGAAGUGAGUUCUGCCUGGCAUCUUGGUUGAUUGUGUAAAUGCAGACUUGCACAGCGUGAUUCACUUUUGACGCGUUUUGUAUGUACCGCAUCUGUGAAGACCAAAAUUGGAUAUGGUGGUGGGAUGUGGGAGACAACGCGUAGGUAGGAAUCGGUGUGAAAGUGAGAGCACUCCACCACAGUUUUCACUCGUGUCUCACGUUGCAAGAUGUGUGAAGGACAGGCGAAAACAGUUUUCGAGAGCCGAGGAAGCUGCGGGCUGGAAUGGGACGACAGCCUGUGGCUGUUUCCGGGUCCUGACUCAGAGAACUCGACAGAAAUGUGCGCUUGUGUGACAGAGUGUGUGUGUUGUCUGCAGUGAAUAGAUCUUCCAGCGCUCUGGCGACUGUGAAGAGGCACUGAAUCCACAGCGUUAUUUCUCAGCUUUUGUUUGAGGACAGGAGAUAUCAGAAGUGUCCUCCACACUGUGCCUGGCUCGUCGGCUGGCUAAGUGCGGUGGUCACUCCCUCAUCGAGAGUUUGUAUCGGCUGCCAUUCUCGCUGCAGACGAAUUGCGAAGCGUAGAGUUGGUGACGAUUGUGUUUUUUCCGGGAAACCACAAAUGGUGUUUAUUGUUUGUUCAUGUGGGAACGGCGAAAAAAUGUAAUUGUUCUCGGGUGUGCGGCCCACCCCACAUCCCGAGUUUCAAGGCGGGAAGAAGGGUGCCGAAUUCUUCUGUCGGUUUUGGAUGGGAUCACUUUUAACGCCGCAAAAUAUGCUAGAAAAUGUUAUUCAGGUAUUAUAUAGAUAGCUGCGAUGUUACGGCAACAAGGAAAAAAGAAGGGAGCCCUAGAUGUAGAAGUCCUCUGCUUUGUUUCCGUGUAUCGUAGAGGGUUCUUGGAAAAGCAUUCUCCGUGCUUGUUUAUGCCUGUAAGCCUGCAGGAGACGGGGAGCCCGGCAGAGGCGUAUUUAUUCCUGCGGGGUCCCAGAGUUUGUUGUGGUGCUCAAAAUGUACGGGGUGAGAAAGGGAGUCUUCGUGCGUCAGGUGCUCUCCCCUUGUUGCGCGACGUUGUGUUCCGUGGCGUGUUACGUGUCAGUCAAAGGUUACAGUGUGUCUUCUCCAUGAAAAGGUAGUACAGUUGACUAGCGUAUGGAAGAGGCAUUUUGCACUACACCAGUUCGUUUCUUUCUGUUGUCUCUCCGCCCGUUAUUUUGUGCUCCCAGCAGUACUGUGGUUUGCUUCUGUGGUUGAGCAAGCACACCAACUUCUCACAAAAGUGCAGCGCCAUUUGCUUCUCGUGCGCCUUCUGAGAUAGCGUUGAGCACACGUGUGUCUCGCAUGUGCAGAAACAUGCAGAUCCGUAUUCUUGUAGAUGUGCUCUCGUGUUGCUUUCUCUCCCGUGGUAACGUAGGCUGUGAGCGGGAAAGCCAGCGAGGGUACAGAAGGAACUGUCAGAAACAUCGCUAUUGCGGUUCAGAAGGGAAGCAAAAUGGUUAACCUGGCUGUAGAAACAGGGCGGGACAGUGAACGCAUCCACGCCGUCGGUUGAACGCGUUCUCCAGUACUUGCACUAGGUGUCAACUCGUUUGGUUCAUGUACAGCCAACACGCGUAGGGAUGGCAGACCGUUCUGCGUGGUGUGUGUGUGUGUGUGUGUUUGUGGGUUGUGAGUAUGAUCGAGUAGUUCUUUUAUUUUCAUUUUCUGUGAAGAAAGUCUCCACUAGAGGACCGUUUCUUACGGUGGAUAGCAUUUUGGUGCGUUCCUUGUGGGUGGCCGAACAGACUGGCAAAUUUGCAUUUGCGGUUACCUGUUCGAUCCCCCGCAAGUAAGCGGAGAGGCUAACAGAAAAUGGCUUUCUGGCCUGCUGUCUGGUGUGCCAGCUCCCUUUCUUCUUUGUUUUUGCCUCGUGAGUUACGCUGUUUCCGUGGGUUGCGUUUUCGCCUUGUCCCCACGACUAGAGUUUUCGCAAAUUUUUGCUGGUGGAAACUCAAGAACACCAGCGCUCUGAAGGAAAGAGGGAUAACACAGCAACUGUUGACUGAGAAAAUGCAUCAGAAACUGAAGUCACGAAGCGGAACAUGAAGUUUAAAGUUUCAGUGGCUCUCCCAGCGGAACCGUGAGACCCUCACAAGCCUUCAUCGACGAGGGAGGUCUGAUCAUAACUCUACCCUGAGGCGUAACAUCCCCCGUAGUGUUCAACAGUUGUGUGUAGAGAAUGUACAAUCGGUCUUAGUUGCGCUUGAGUAUACACACUUCUAACAGUGCAUUUACGUCAAAUGACUGCGUACAUUACGUGUUUGGUGGGACUGGCCGAUCGAAGCAUUCGGGAAGCAGUUGGUAGUGGGCACGAUUUUGAUGACCCGUCGGUUUCAUUUGAGAGACUGACACAGAAUGUUGCGGGGUUCUGUAAAAGCGAGCCCAAUAUGCGAAUCGGGGGUAGGCGUACCCCGUGUUCCCUGCCGUGCAUGUCUGUUUUCUCCCAAGCGCCCAACGAACAGAAAAAGGGGUAGACGAAGAAGGCGGACCAGGGAUAAAAGUUCGUAGUUUUUAAAAGUCUCCAGUUGUGGUCACGAAUCCGAGUGAGUUCAGGCUAAUCACGAGGGGAGUGCUGGCCAUACUGUCGAGCAUUAGAGGGCGAUGCACACGUGAAUGAAUGAGGGACGGAGAGGGCUGUGGACGGAACAGUGUGUGACGUGGUGAAUGACAAAGCUUGGUCGUUACACUAGGUACGAAGAACUAAACCUAUUGCAAGCAUCGUCAAGGUGCGUGGACACAAUGGGAAAGACGUGGAACGCACUCCUUGUCGUCUAGGGGGCCCGGUUUUACCCACGGGUGGUUGCAGGGCAGGUGAGAACAGAAACGCGCAGUCUGGGAGCGGUGUUUCUGCGGCGAAACACAACUCUCGAGAAAUGUUACUUGUUGUUAGUGUUAGUCGAAUUGAGUCACUCUUGUGACUGAUCGAGAGUCCCUAGGUGCUCAUGACAAAUUUGCUAAAAUGUCUGCAAACUAGAGUGGGCUGUAGGGCCCACCGUGGCGUGUGCCUUGUUACUUCUCGCGGGAAGUGGAGAGCACGUUCCAAUCUAGUUUGAGAGGGGGGAACUGACCCGGUCGUCUUUGUUCUGUGUAACUGCAUGGACCGAAGUGGACAGAACUGGGUUUCUCUGGCGCCUUUUUCACAUUCUUGUGCCGCGUCGCCUAACCGGUGUUGGGAGGUUCAUGGAAACUGAGAGUCCACCUUUACAGUUGUGUCCGUCGGCUGUUGACCCGUUCGAGACAUAUUAAGAUGACACCGGAGUGCCAAACUCGGCUGUUUGAUCGAGGGAUCAGUGUACGCUAAUUGUAUGAAGCUUUGCGUAUGCUGUGCAUCAUGUCAGUGACACAGGCACCCGGCGCCGUUUCUAGAGAAACGAAGCAAGUUGUUUACAAGCAUCCAUAAACUCACGCCUGUGCCGUGCGAAAAACACGGAACUGUUAUGCUGAUACUUUUCAGCAGAAAAACCCUGUGAGCGGUCAGUUUUCUGCAAGUGGACGAGACCGGAUAUAAUUGAAAAUGAAGUGCGCGCCAAAAACUAACCCAUUCCUUUCGAUUCCGUCU